GGUAUUACAGCAAUAUCAGAAUUAACCGGUGAUUUUGAAUUAGAUUUUAUGUAUAGUGAAAUAUGGCAAGAUCCGCGGUUAAGUUUCAAACACUUAAAUAUUUGCUCAAGUAAUAUUACCUUAAAAAGUGAAUUUCGAAAGAGAAUUUGGACGCCUGAUACAUGUAUUAUCAAUAGCAGGGAUUCAUCAAUUCAUAGUUCACCAUCUGAGAAUACUUUCGUUAUCCUAUAUGAAAAUGGAUUAGUAUGGAGUAAUUUCAGGCUUAAAGUUAAGGCACCAUGUAAGAUGGAUUUAAGAAUGUUCCCAUUUGAUUCAAUACAUUGUCAGCUUGUUUUUGAAAGUUAUUCAUUUAAUACGGAUGAAGUACGAUUAUCUUGGCAUGAAAAACCGUUAACAAUGAUGCAAAUGGUUGAAUUACCGGAUUUCGAAUUAACUGGUUGGCAUACGAAACAUGAAAAAUCGGAAUAUCCGAAUGGUGUUUGGGAUAGAGCAAUGGUUAAAUUUACAUUUGCACGACGAUACGGUUUCUAUCUUUUUCAUUCAUACUUUCCAACCUCAUUAACAGUCAUUAGCUCGUGGGUUGGAUUCUUUUUCGACGUACGAGCAGCUUCUGCAAGAAUCACAUUGGGUGUCUCAUCAUUGUUGGCAGUAAGUUUUCAAUUUGGUAGUGUAUUACGUCAUUUGCCACGUGCCAGCUAUAUCAAAUGUUUGGAUGUAUGGAUGAUCAGUUCGGUUAUUUUCAUUUUUUGUACACUCGUAGAAUUAGCUAUCAUUUGUCGACUUAAUCGUGACGAACGUGAAAAAGAAAUUGGAUCCAAUGCAGUAAAACAAUGGAUUAAUCGUACAAGACGAAAAAGUAACCGUGAAAAUUUGAUCAAUAGCAAUAUGAAAGUUUCACAGAGGCAAAAUAUUCCAUCCAUAAUUACUGCAACAAAAACAGGAAAUCCGAUAACGGAUGCUGAUUUUGCUAGUAAUAGCAAGGAGCAAUUAUCAUCGCAAUAUCGUUUUUUUAAAUGGCCAAUAAUAGACGUCAGGAAAUUAUUGGGUCAACUUUGUAAUCGAAAAUGGAAAAUUACCUCUGCACAGGUGUGA